UCCAUCCAUCCAUCCAUCCAUCCACAGCACGCACACGAUGGCUGAUUUGAACAAGAAGACGGUGGCGCAGCUCAAGGCGCUGUGCAAGAAGCAAGGCCUGGAGACUGGCGGUCGCAAGGCAGACCUUGUGGCGCGGCUGGCGGCUGCAGACGACGCUGCUGACUUCACAGAGGCCGACCUGAAGAAGAAGACGGUGGCACAGCUCAAGGACCUGCUGGACGAGAAGGGGCUGUCCACCUCCGGCCGCAAGGCAGACCUCAUUGCGCGCCUCCUCGCAGGCGGUGGUGACGACGAUGACGACGGCGACGACGACAAGAAGGGCAGUGGCAGCAACGGCAAGCGCCGCGCGGCCCGUGGCGGCCAGGCCACGAAGAAGGCCAAGCAAGCAGCAGCUGCCGCGGCUGACGACGACGCCGACGAUGAUGGCGAUGAAGAAUCCGAGGAGGAAGAGGAGGAGAAGGAAGAAGCCGUGGUCAAGCGCAAGGCUGGCUCUCGCUGUGCCGUGGACAAGUUCUGCCCCAUGGCGGACAGGUUCCAUGUGUAUGAGGACCACGAAGGCGUGUGGGACUUUACCGGCAACCAGACAAACAUCGGCCAGAACAACAACAAGUUUUACAUUCUGCAACUGCUGGAGAGCGAUGACAAGCGCACGUACCACACGUGGACGCGGUGGGGCCGUGUUGGCGUGCCUGGGCAGAACAAGAUCAUGCCCGGCACCAGUCUUGCCGCGUGCAAGGCUUCGUUCAUGAAGAAGUUCAAGGACAAGACGCGCAACGACUGGUACGACCGCGCAAAUUUUGUCAAGGUCCCCGGCAAGUACGACAUGGUCCAUAUUGACUAUGGCGCGGACGAUGAGGAAACGGCCAAGCAUGAGGAGGCGCUGAAGAAGAAGAAAAAGGCGCAGGCAAAGGUGAAGAAGGUGGAGUCCAAGCUGGCGCCCUCUGUGCAGCGCCUGAUGCAACUCAUCUUCGACGUGAAGAAGAUGACGCAAGCCGUGGUGGAGAUGAAGUACGACGUGAAGAAGAUGCCGCUUGGCAAAUUGCGCCCGGAGCAGAUCAAGGCUGGUUACGAGUCGCUCAAGACCAUCGAGGACCUGCUCAAGCGCAACGCGGGCAGGCGCGCGCUGGCGGACGCCUCCAGCGAGUUUUACACCCGCAUUCCGCACGUGUUUGGCAUGCGCGUGCCACCUGUCAUUGCCACCACCGCCAUGCUCCAAGAGAAGCUGCAGCUGCUCGAGGCGCUUGAGGACAUCAAGACGGCGAUGCGCCUGAUUGACCAGGAAGGGCCCGACGCGAGCGAGCCCGAGGAGGACCAGCACUUCCGGCAGCUCAAGUGCGACCUCACCCCCGUGGAGAAGGGCACGGACAAGUUCACGCUCAUCAACGACUACCUGCAGAACACGCACGGCAGCACGCACCGCCAAUACACCAUGGAGAUUGUGGAUGCCUUUGAGGUGGACAAGGACACCGGGUACAAGGGCGGCGACAACAAGAUGCUCCUGUGGCACGGAUCCCGCAUCUCAAACUGGGCUGGCAUUCUGUCGCAAGGUCUGCGCAUUGCCCCGCCAGAGGCGCCCGUGACCGGUUACAUGUUUGGCAAGGGCGUCUACUUUGCUGAUGCGAGCAGCAAGAGCGCCAACUACUGCUUCACCAACCGCAGCAACAACACGGGCAUCCUGCUGCUGUGUGAGGUUGCCCUCGGUAAGCAGGAGGAACGCCUUAGCGCAGACUCCUACCUCCACCAGACCCUGCCAAAGACGAAGCAGAGCACGUGGGGCAAGGGCCGCGUGGCGCCCGACCCAAAGGAUACGAUAGUCAUUGACGGUGACGUCAAGGUGCCAAAGGGCAAGCUCGCGGACACGGGCGUCUCCAACCCGCACGGGUACACCCUGCAGUACAACGAGUUUAUCGUCUACAACACCAAGCAGAUUCGCUUCCGUUACCUCCUCCGCUGCAAGUUCAACUACAAGUACUGAAAUGGCUGACAUCAAACCCCUUUGCUGCUCUGUGUCUGUGCGUAUGUGUGUGUGUGUUUGCUUCUUGCUUUCCUUGCUGCCUUGUUGAUUGAACGUUGUUGUCGCCUGGUUGUGCCUUUUUUGUGCUGUCGUAAACGGCGCGUAACUGCAAACGCGG